UUGGCGAUCACCAGCAGGGGGCAGCGAAUAGUAAAUUGGAGACGUCUUAUUCAGGAAAAGGAAGUUAACACAACACAGCAGAGCAGGCGGGCCAAAGCUAACCAUUGUAAGAAAAAAAUUCGAAGAUGUCUAUUGGGGUGCCAAUCAAAGUGCUCCAUGAAGCCGAGGGGCACAUUGUUACCUGUGAGACCAACACAGGCGAGGUGUACAGAGGGAAGCUCAUUGAAGCCGAGGACAACAUGAACUGCCAGAUGGCUAAUAUUACAGUGACCCACAGAGAUGGUCGUGUAGCUCAGCUGGAGCAAGUGUACAUUCGAGGCAGCAAGAUUCGCUUCUUAAUUCUGCCGGAUAUGUUAAAGAACGCGCCCAUGCUAAAGAGCAUGAAGAACAAGAACCAGGCUGCAGGAGCGGGAAGAGGAAAAGCUGCCAUUCUCAAAGCACAAGUGGCAGCAAGAGGCCGGGGACGUGGAGGAAUGGGCAGAGGAAAUGUUUUCCAGAAAAGAAGAUAGUUUAUUUUUUCUCUGUGUACACUUUACCUUAAACGUACGUGAAUUUAAAUAUGAACACAGUGAUGCCUGUAGUAAUGUUAUUGCAUUUAUGGGAACUGCUGUAAUUGUUAUUGCAUCACUGUUGACCAUAAUUCCUAUGUAACUACAUUCUAUGUAGUGGCAAUAGUGAAUUUACACGUAAGCUAAAGUGUUACUGAAUUUGUUCUUUGUGGUAUCUGUGAGAAGGAAUUUGAUUUUGCAAUUUUAAACAUUAAAAUGAUUUUUCUCUAAA